GUCAAUAUGCUGAACUCAAUUUUUCUUCAUCCUCUUCCCCAUUGUCCCCAUUCCCUUUUUCUUUUGAUUUUUCCCCUUUUGCUGCUUUUCUUCUAAAACCCUGUCAAUCGAAUUCCCAGCCAUAAGGCCACCUGAGGCCAUCUCAGGUGGUUGCAGCUAAGGUUGCGACGGUGAGGGUGUGGAUCAAGGAUCGUAUGUUCCAUUCUCGUGGGCCGGAAUUUCACAUUUAGAAAAAUCAUGAUGAAGAAAGACGUUAUGAAGAGCCUUUUCAAGCAGAAGCCCAGGUCGCCGAUAGAUCUUGUUAGGUAUGCGCGGGAACUUCUCGUCUUUGUCGAGACCAACAACGAGGCCCGCGAAAACAAGCGUGAAGAGAAGCUAAUAGAAUUAGGGAAGACUAUACUGGAGAUUAGGACUGUUCUGUUUGGGAAUGGGGCUGCAGAGCCAAAUCCGGAUGCAUGUGUUCAGAUAACCCAGGAGUUUUUCAAGGAGGAUACUUUCCGUCUCCUUGUCAUCGCUCUUCCAAAGCUGGACUUGGGGGGCCGUCUACAUUCUACUCAUGUGAUUGCAAAUUUGCAAAGGCAGCGAGUUAAUUCCCAGCUACUCGCUUCCCAGUAUCUGGAAAAGAACUUGGAUCUGAUGGAUAUUUUGAUACCUGGUUAUGAUGAAGGCGACAUUGCUUUGACUUAUGGUGCCAUUACAAGAGAGUGCAUUCGCCAUCAAUGUGUAGCAAGGUAUGUCUUGGAAUCAGACCACAUGAAGAAGUUUUUCGGUUACACCCAAACACCUAAUUUCGAAAUAGCAACAGAUGCGUUUUCAACCUUCAAAGAGCUUUUGACAAGGCAUAAACCUACAGUCGCGGAGUUUCUUUCUAAAAAUUUUGACUGGUUUUUCCAAGAAUAUAACUCUCAGUUACUGGAAUCUUCGAGCUAUAUCACAAGACGACAAGGCAUCAAGUUAUUAGCAGAUAUGUUGUUGGAUCGCUCAAAUUCUGCUGUGAUGGUUCGGUACGUGAGCUCGCUGCAUAACUUGAGGAUCCUCAUGAAUCUUCUCAGGGACUCUAACAAGUCAAUCCAGCUCGAAACCUUCCACGCGUUCAAGCUAUUUGUCGCCAACCAAAACAAGCCUCCUGAGAUUGUCAGCAUCCUUGUUACCAACAAGACUAAGCUUUUGCGGUUAUUGGCAAACAUCGAGAAAGAGGACGAGCAAUUUCAAGCAGACAAAGGGCAAAUCAUAAACGAGAUUGCCACUCUUGGAUCCUAGUACUCCAUGCAAAUGUCUGUGAAGAAUUGUGAAUUUCCAUGUUGAAUCUCUAGAUUUUGCAAUUUCUUCUCUCUCUCUCUUUUUCUUCCAUGUUUCUUUUGCAUUUCCAUGCUCACCUAUGAUUUAAUUUUUUCUGUGGGUAUCGGGAGAAUUCAGCGUGCACCAAUUUAAUUUUUGUUUGUGCACUAAUGAGCAAAGAUUAAUUAAAUUCAA